CAAUAAUAAAAAGGAUGUUGGAAAACACAUGCUUGGCUCAACUCAGGAUAACCGCAGAAAACAGGACAGACCAAGAAGGAGGAGGAAAGCAAGAUGAAUGAUGUGAAGCUUACUGUUUUGGGAGGUGAAGGAACAGGAAAAUCUGCCCUUAUAGUAAGGUUUCUUACCAAGCGCUUCAUUGGAGAAUAUGCUUCUAAUUUUGAAUCUAUCUAUAACAAACAUUUGUGUUUGGAAGGGAAGCAAUUGAAUCUAGAAAUAUAUGACCCUUGUUCUCAGCCACAGAAAGCAAAAUUUUCCCUCACAAGUGAGCUGCAUUGGGCAGAUGGGUUUGUUAUUGUGUAUGACAUCAGUGACAGGUCUUCCUUUGCAUUUGCAAAAGCAUUAAUCUACAGAAUUCGGGAGCCACAGACAAGUCAUUGUAAAAGAGCUGUGGAGUCAACAGUGCUUUUGGUGGGUAACAAGCAAGAUCUCUGUCAUGUGCGAGAGGUUGGCUGGGAAGAAGGGCACAAACUGGCAUUGGAUAACCGGUGCCAAUUCUGUGAACUGUCUGCAGCAGAGCAAUCUCUGGAGGUGGAAAUGAUGUUUAUCAGAAUUAUCAGGGACAUCCUGACAAACUUCAAACUCAAAGAAAAGAGAAGAUACAGUGGAUCUAAAUCCAUGGCCAAGCUGAUCAAUAAUGUAUUUGGAAAAAGAAGGAAAUCUGUUUAGUAGACAUGUGAUCCUGGGGGAUUUAUUAUAUCAGAGAGUUUCAAACAUUUGUAUGGGAAUUAAAUUUACCUUUUGUGUGCAGCGAAAACAUUCUCUUAGAGAUAUGAAAUAAUUGACCAGGAACCACAACUGUGUUUUCAAAUAUAUAGUUUGCCUUUUUGGUUGCUUGUAUGUUAUACAUUUUGCUUCACACUUUUCUCUAUACACAGAAUAAUAUUAGUAUAAUCUGAUAGUGGAUUACUGUACAGUUUACCUUACCGAAUAAACCCUGCUUAUGUAACUUUCUUAAACUACCAUUCUUUAGGGCUCCCUUACCUUUAUUUUAUAUAUGUGUUUUAGAUGAAAUAUAUAGUUAUAUAUAGGAGGAAAAGGGGACGACAGAGGAUGAGAUGGCUGGAUGGCAUCACUGACUCAAUGGACAUGAGUUUGAGUGAAC